AUGGCCACAGCAAGAGCUCUAGCCACCAUGGCAAUCUUCCUCCUGGUGGCGCUCUCCACCUCCCAAAUCGCGUCCUCGCUCCGCCCGGGUCUCGGUGUGUGCCGUGCGAGUGGCUACCUUCCAGGAAAGUCGGGCAACUGUGAGAAGAGCAACGACCCGGACUGUUGCGAGGAUGGCAAAAGGUACCCGCAGUACCACUGCUCGCCGCCGGUCACCGCGACCACCAAGGCUGUCUUGACUCUCAACAGCUUCGAGAAGGGCAAGGACGGCGGCGGUCCGUCGGAGUGCGACAACGCCUACCAUAGUGACAAGGAGAUGGUAGUCGCGCUCUCCACUGGCUGGUUCAAAAACAUGGCCCGUUGCGGGCACCGCAUCAAGAUCACCGCCAAUGGCAAGUCUGUGUAUGCCAAGGUGGUGGACGAGUGUGACUCCGUCUAUGGCUGCGACGACGACCACAACUACGAGCCCCCGUGUGCCAACAACAUCGUCGACGCCUCUCCUGCGGUGUGGAAUGCCCUGGGGCUCGACCAGAACGUCGGCAUGGAGGGCAUCACCUGGUCUGAUGAGUGA